AUGAUGGUGUCCUGUGACUGCAGGAAGGAGAGGCAAGCUGAGUGUCAUCUCAUUCUGCUGAAGCAGUGUGCUGGACUAGUAUGUUGAGGCCCAAAGCUCUGACCCAGGUGCUCAGCCAGGCCAACACUGGGGGUGUGCAGAGCACUCUGCUCCUGAACAAUGAAGGCUCUCUACUUGCAUAUUCUGGUUAUGGUGACACAGAUGCCAGAGUUACAGCUGCUAUUGCUAGCAACAUUUGGGCUGCCUAUGAUAAGAAUGGACACCAAGCCUUCAACGAGGACAAUCUUAAAUUCAUCCUUAUGGACUGUAUGGAAGGCCGUGUUGCGAUUACAAGAGUGUCCAACUUGCUGCUGUGCAUGUAUGCCAAAGAGACUGUUGGAUUUGGCAUGCUGAAAGCAAAGGCCCAAGCGUUGGUCAGUUACCUGGAGGAGCCUCUAAAUCAGGUGUCUGCGAGUUAGGAGCGAGGCGCUCGGAUCUGCCUGCGCGCGGAGCAAAGCGUAGACUGAGACCAUGCGGGACGGCGGUACAUGAAGGACUGAGGUCACUGAUGAUAACACGUUGCUGUCAUACAUGAUGCUUCUGCCAGUCUGUUUGGUCCUGUACUGCUGGCAGCUUAUCACUAGAACUCCUUUCCACAUCUAUGGCUGAGCUCCGCUCAGUUUGCUUUUACUAUUUAAGAGAAUCUGUCACUUUGCUCAUUAAUGGCCGGUCCUCAUAUAAGCCAACCCACUGAUACUUAUCUUUGUUACUUUGUUCACCUGUGAGAGCCCUUGGGAAAUACCUGGUGCUUCUAAGUUUGAGGGGAGCCUGUGACCCCCCCCCCCCCACUCCUCUGAGGAUGCAGUGCUCUGAGUGGCCUGUAGCCUUCUCUCCCCCCCACCUCCUCUGAGGAUGCAGUGCUCUGAGUGGCCUGUAGCCUUCUCUCCCCCCCCUCCUCCUCUGAGGAGGCAGUGCUCAGAGUGGCCUGUAGCCUUC